AGUGCCGGUUAUUUACCAGUUGCCCAUGCCGUGAAAUGUUGUGAAAAUGUUGUCUGUAAAGUUAAAUAGGGUUUUCAGAGCGUCUCAGCGUGUGUGUACCAAGUAUGUGAAAAGGAAUUUAUCAACAUGUCAUUUCUUUAAACAUGAAUUCAUGUACCAGAAAGCUUUAAAAAGUAGUAGGAAAUUCGUGUCCGGACCGAGACGCAGUGCACCAAUUAAUUGUCAGUGUGUUUCCAGCUUUCUUUUCACAACUCAUAGUCUACAUACUCACCACGGGGAUUGUCGCGAUAUUGUAGAUUUAGUGGAGUGUGGAGGGAACCCGCUGCCCUCAGAAUUAGGACUAUGUACAUACACUCCCAGCGGGGCGUAUCUUUAUCUGCUGGAAACCAUACACGAAUCUCUAGCCAUUGACUGGCAGCUGUCUAUUGUUUUAAGUUCUAUGUUAAUAAGGUUAAUGCUGAUUCUGUUAAUGAAGAAUUCUAUCUGGGAGAAGAGAGGUGAAUUUACAUUGAGAAUCCUUAACUACAGUCAGUUGGUCGUAAAUGAGAAAAAGUUGGCAGGAAAAGAUUACCAAGAUAUGCAGAAACUAAAGAACAGCUCAUACAAUAAUGGUCCUGGCUUGGCAUUUUACUUUUUUAUAAGACAACAAAUUAGUGAGAUAAUUUCUGCUGUAAUUUUUUCAAAGAGUAUAACCACACUACAAGACUUAAUGGGUAAAAGUUACAUCCUGCCAACCUACGGUCAGGAAUACGUACCUUUGUGCAUCGCAAUGUUCCUCCUCAUUAUAUCUCCCAGUGUCACCCAUAGACUUCAGUCAGGGACCAUCUUCUCUAAAGAAGAAAUUCCAGUUUUUGUGUUCAUCGUCUUCUUAUUUGUUGUUAUUCCUAUGGAAUUAAAGUUAUUCUUGUUACCAAUGUAUUCUGUGUCUGCUGUGUUCAAGUUAGUCAAAAGGUACCGACAUACUGGCUUCCAGUCCUAGGAUACAUUGUGGUAUUCAGUCCCAAGUCUUUCAAACUGUACCUUGUGAAAAAUGUGACAUUUUCAAAUCAGUUGUAUCAAAUGCUCGAUCAUCUCUUCAUCCCAGAGCCUGUUGGAAAGUUGUAAAAGCUGGAGUCGGAAGCUCGGUGUGUUUGGGAAAGUGGAGAGCUGGUGGUGAUCAACUUUUAUUAAAAAUUUUACAAAUAAAUUGUGUACAUGAUUAUUUUUAAUGUAUAUUGUGAUGAAUUUUUUAAGGCAUUGUUACUAGUAUACUGCAAGAUGUCCAAGUUAAUAUGUGAAAAAUAUUAAAUCUUUGUUCAUAGAUGCA